UGGCAGGUGCCCUGGUGUCUGGUCUGGUCUCUGCAGGUCUGGUCUCACAUUAAAAUGCCCAACGUCAGUUUUGACAAACCUCCACGCGUCUCAAAGGCCUGGAUCGCUCUGAGGCGCUUUGACAGAAACGAUGACAGAGUGGUGGCUCUUCGAGAAGUGUCCAUCCCUCCAGCAGCCGAGGUCACCGUGAUCGUGCAGAUCAUCACCUCUACCUUUGGUCUAAACUCUCCUGAUGCCAUAUUAAAGAUUAGGAACCACCGUGGCUGCCUGAUCCCUCUGAACAGCCUGAUCCCUGCCAACAGCAAGCACAUGCCUUACGUGCUUGAGGUGGCCAAGAUCUUUCAGCAUGUUCGUCCUAAGCCCAGAACCAUCCCCAUGACUGUGAUCAACAAGAGCAUGAAGACCAGGCUACAGACUGUUGACAAGAGGAUUCAGAGGCUGGAGGAGCUCCUGCCUCAGAUCAAACUCAGGCGCACUGAAAAACUAAGUCAGGUAUGUCGCCUGUCCUCUGGGCCUUCUUUAACAGGGAACACAAUGCUGACCACAACACAGACAGGCUUGAAAUCGAAUGUCUCAACCAGAAGUUGAGUUUUCUUCAUAAGAGGAUGCAGGUGGCAGAUUCUCGCAGCUGGAAGGGCGUGCUGGCCAGAGCCCCGCUGUGGUGAACCAACGACCACGUUUCUGGCUGUUAUGGAAGAUAUAAACCAUCUGACCAGUGUGGACGAGAAUCUGUUUACUUAUAUAUACUAUAUGUGUGAAUAUGUAGUGAGUGUGUCACUUUGGUGACUGACUGGCCAAAUGUAACCUGUGAUAUAAUCUUGUGUUGUGUUUACUUUGAAUGAAAUACAGCUGAAAACUGAGA